AUGACUGAAUCCAUAAACCUAGAAAGUCCGCCGUCACUGGUAGGUAUCGGCGUUGAAAUCCAUGAAACAGAGGGAGAGGGAACAGUCCUAGCCUUCUUGACUUCUCAAAUUGAAGUCGAAUGGGCUUGGGAGAAGUUUCAAUCACCAUCAGCCAUUGCUUUACCUUUGCAUGGCAAACUAUCCUAUGAAGAACAGCAUAGAGUUUUUCUCAGCUAUCCGGGGGAGAGAAAGGUAAUAUUCAGUACAAAUGUUGCUGAGACAUCAUUGACAAUUCCAGGGGUUAAAUAUGUUGUUGAUUCUGGCAUGGUCAAAGAAAGCAGGUUUGAACCUGGCACUUGCAUGAGUAUUCUGAGGAUAUGCAAUGUCAGCCAGAGCUCUGCUAAUCAACGGGCUGGCCGUGCUGGGAGAACUGAACCAGGAAGGCGUUAUAGACUUUACUCAGAAAGUGAUUUUGAGGCUAUGCCUUGUCAUCAGGAACCUGAAAUUCGCAAGGUUCAUCUUGGUUUUGCAGUGUUGAGGAUUCUUGCUCUGGGCAUCAAGAACGUACAAGAUUUUGAUUUUGUUGAUGCACCUAGCGCUAAAGCUAUUGAGAUGGCUACCAGAAAUCUGGUUCAGUUAGGAGCUGUUAGGCAAAAAGAUGAUGCUUAUGAAUUAACUACAGAUGGGCGAAAAAUAGUCAAGUUGGGUAUUGAACCUCGGCUAGGCAAAAUGAUCCUGGGUUGCUUUAAUAAACAUUCGAGUAGAGAAGGUGUUGUUCUUGCUGCUGUUAUGGCUAAUUCGGGCAGUAUUUUUUGUAGGAUUGGUUCUGAAGGAGACAAGCUAAAAUCUGAUUGCUUGAAGGUGCAAUUUUGCCAUCCAAAUGGUGAUCUAUUCACUCUACUUUCUGUUUACAGAGAAUGGGAGGCUGUGCCUAGGGAAAGGAAGAAUGGCUGGUGUUGGGAUAAUAGCAUCAAUGCCAAAUCCAUGAGGAGAUGUCAGGAGACUGUGCAAGAACUGGAAGCUUGCCUCCAGAACUAACUUAAUAUUAUUAUUGCAAGCUACUGGCGUUGGGAUCCUCAGGUGCAUACCGAGCAUGAUGAAACUUUGAGAAGUAUAAUACUUUUUUCACUUGCGGAGAAUGUUGCUAUGUAUUCUGGAUAUGAUCAGCUAGGUUAUGAGGUAGCACUAAGUGGGAAGUAUAUCCAACUACAUCCAUCCUGUUCACUGUUAAAUUUUGAUCGACGACCUACCUGGGUAAUUUUUGGUGAAAUCCUUGCUGCAGCUAAUGAGUAUCUGGUCUGUGUUACGGUAUUUGAGUUUAGUUCUCUUUGUACUCUUAGUUCUUCCCCGUUGUUUAAUUUUCUGGAGAUGGAUGCCCAAAAGCUGGAAAAGAAGGUUUUAACAGGUUUUGGGAGCAUGCUAUUGAAAAGAUUCUGCGGAAAAUCUAACAGUAGUGUCAAUAACCUUGUUUCACGCAUUAGGACUAAACAUUUGGAUGAAAGGAUUGGCAUUCAAGUUAAUGUUGAUAAGAAUGAGGUUAUGUUAUAUGCUUUGUCCAGUGACAUGGAUCGUGUUUUGGGCGAAGUGAAUGAUGCACUAGAGUAUGAAAGCAAGUUGUUGCAGAAUGAAUGCUUGGAGAAAUGCCUAUUCAAUGGUGGAUCAGCUGCUUCUGCCUCAGUUGCCCUCUUUGGAGCUGGUGCAAUUGUUAAGCAUUUGGAGCUUAAGAAGAGAUUCUUGGCUGUUGAUAUAUUUCAUUCAAAUACAAAAGCAGUUGAUGAUAAGGAACUGCUGAUGUUUUUGGAGAGAAACACAUCGGGUGAUAUUUGUGCACUGCUCAAGUCCUCAGGCAAUUGCCACGACAAUGAGGAGAACAGAUGGGGCAGGGUAACAUUUCUUUCUCCUGAUGCUGCUAAACAAGCUACAUUGUUGGAUCAGGUAGAAUGUAGUGGUGGCUUUCUAAAAGUUGUUCCUUCGAGGAGUGUAUUCUGUAAUGACCAAAAGCAGUUUACCUCUGUUCUCAGAGCUAAAGUUUAUUGGCCUCGUAGAUGCAGUAAAGGUGUGGCUAUUGUAAAAUGUGAACCAAACGAUGUUGCUUUUAUAGUAAAUGAUUUCUCUAGUGUAAUGAUAGGUGGAAACUUUAUCCGUUCAAAGGCAAGCAAUAAGUUCAUUGACAGCAUAGUAAUUUCAGGACUUAAUAGCGAUCUUUCUGAACCGGAGAUAUUUGACGUUUUGAGUGCAGCAACGAAUAUGAAAAUUCUGGAUUUCUUCUUGGUGAGAGGAGAUGCUGUGGAAAAUCCUCCAAUUGCUGCUUGUGAAGAAGCACUUAGGAGAGAAAUAUCCGCCUUCAUGCCUACAAGAAUCCCUUUAGUCCAGUCUAUUCGGGUUCAGGUCUUCCAACCAGAACCAAAGGACACUUACAUGCGAGUGACUGUCCUGUUUGAUGGAAGUCUGCAUCUUGAAGCAGCUGAGGCUUUGGAGCAAAUUGAUGGCAAGGUUUUGUCUCGAUGUCUUCCCUGGCAGAAGAUAAGAUGUCAGCAACUGUUUCACACCUCUGUUUCCUGUCCUGCACCAGUUUAUCAUGUUAUUAGGACCCAGCUGGAUUCUUUACUUGCACGUCUCCGGCGAAGAAAGGGUGUGGAGUGCAAUCUGGAGAGAAAUGAAAAUGGGUCUUAUAGAGUUAAAAUAUCUGCUACUGGUACAAAGAUUGUGGCAGAAUUGAGAAGGCCAUUGGAGCAACUUAUGAAAGGCAAGAUUGUGGAUCAUGUGGGAAUUUCUCCAACUGUUGUUCAACAUCUAUUUUCAAGAGAAGGGACUAAUAUUAUGAAGAUGGUUCAGCGGGAGACAGGAACCUAUAUUCUUUUUGACAGGCAUAGUCUUUAUGUGAGAAUCUUUGGUUCCUCAGACAUGAUUGAUAUGGCCCAACAGAGUUUUGUUAACGCCCUUUUGGCACUACAUGAAAGCAAGCAACUUGAAGUGCAUCUUUGUGGAGGACUUUUGCCUCUUGACCUGAUGAAAAGAGUUGUUCAGAGGUUUGGACCAGAUCUUAGUGGUCUCAAACUAAAGGGGCCCGAUGCAGAAUUCUCUCUGAACACUAGGCGCCAUUGCAUCUCUAUUAGAGGUACUAAAGAGAUGAAGCAAAAAGUUGAGGAGAUAAUUGCUGAAAUUUCUCAAACAAGUGGGCUUCCAAAUUGAAGGAUGGAUGAUGAGGCUGACUGUCCUAUUUGCUUGUGUGAAUUCGAGGAUGCUUAUAGACUUGAAGGUUGUACCCACGUCUUCUGUCGAUCAUGCUUGCUGGAACAGUGCGAGUCUGCAAUCAGAAGCAAAGAAGGUUUCCCGCUAUGUUGUAUGCAUAACGGUUGUGGAGCACAUAUGCUGCUUGCUGAUUUGAGGUCUCUAUUGUCAAGUGAGAAGUUGGAAGAACUUUUCAGGGCUUCUAUAGGGGCUUUUGUAGCAGCAAGCAGGGGUCACUACCGGUUUUGCCCCUCACCUGACUGCCCGUCAGUGUAUUGUGUUGCUGAAUCAGGAGUGGUUGGUGCACCCUUUGCCUGUGGUGCAUGUUAUGUGGAGACGUGUACGAGCUGCCACCUAGAAUAUCACCCCUACAUCUCGUGCGAGAAGUACCGGGAGAUCAAGGAUGACCAAGAUUUCUCUCUAAAGGAAUGGUCCAAGGGGAAAAAGAAUGUAAAGAAAUGUCCUGUUUGCGGGUUUACAAUAGAGAAGGUGGAUGGUUGCAAUCAUAUCGAGUGUAGGUGUGGAAAACAUGUUUGCUGGGUUUGUUUGGUAUUCUUCAACAGCAGCAACGAUUGCUAUAACCAUUUAAGGUCUCUUCACCAGGCCAUUAUAUGAGGUACAAAUAACUAUAAUUCAAUAACAUAGGUGUAAAUAUCUGCUUCUGCAUAUAUUCCCGGACCCUUAUAUGUAUGUACAUAAACAAAUAAACAAGUAAAUAAAUGUAUGUAGUAUACACAAUCGUAAGCCAUCUUUAUAUCCCUAAUACAAAUGUUUAUUUCUGCCCGCUUA